UUAUGAAGAGAUAUACUAAUACAGAAGAUUCAGCUGAGGAUUUAACUACUUAUUGGGGAAGACUUAAACAUUUUUAGAAUAUAAUAAGUCCUGCGUAUUGAAUUAAAUAAUUUUAGCAAUAUUUUUUAUUCUCCUCAAUAAUUGAGUGAAUAUGGAAAGAUUUUAGAAAAUGUUGACAAAGAUCCAUCAAUUAGAAAAACAUAUAAUGAUCAAUAACUAUGGAAAAUGAGAUAUGUUGUAGAUUCAAAUAUUCAUCCACAAUUAAAAGAACCUGUUAACAUUCUAUUUAGAACAUCAACAUUUGUUCCUGUUAAUGUACCUUUAGCAUUUGGAUUAGCUGUAUUACCACCAACAGUAAUUAUUAUUUUCAUUUUAAGCCAAUAAAUUAAUUAUUAGCUUAAUCUGCUAAUCAAACCUAUAACUUUAUGUUUAAUUAUUGUAAUAGAAAUGCUUCUAAUGUAUUUUCAAAUGAAAUGUUAGCAUGUAAAACUUUUAUAUAUAAUUAGUUUCAUAUGGAGGAGCUGUUUCAUCUGCUGUUGUCGGUAGUUUAGGAACAUCUUGGUUAUUUAAGAAACUUAAUGCUCCAGCUCUUCUUAUUAGAGUAAUUUUUAAUCUUAUUUUAUUUUAAGGCAUGUCCAUUAUUUGGUGUAUUGAUUGCUAAUACAUUUAAUUUAUUCUUUGCAAGAUAUCCAGAUUUUUAAAAAGGAAUACAAGUUUUUGAUGAUGAAACACAAGAACCAUUACCAGGAUUAUCUAAAGAAGCUGGUAAUAUUUAUCGAAUACUAUUUUAAGCUAAAAUUGCAUUCUUUAGAACUCUUGUUACUAGAUAUAUUUUACCAUUGCCAAUGUUUAUUCCACCAAUUGUUAUUUAUUAUAUGAAAUAAGCUAGAUGCUAUCCACAAGGAAAAGCUGUAGGUCUAGCGCUUGAUUUAAGUAAUUUCUUUAUUAUUAAUCAUUAGGUUUAUCUGGAUUUUUCUUAUAUUGUGGUCUUUCUGUUGGAAUUGGAAUAUUCCCAUAAUAUCUAAAGGUUAAUCCAACUGAUUUAGAAUCUUAAUAUCAAAAUUUAACAAAUAGUAAAGGUAAUAAGAUUAAAACAAUCGUUUUUAAUAAAGGAUUAUGAAAG